CUGCACGCAUUGCGCUAGCACUGUAUGCCACGUUGUCUUAGUGCUUGGCACUUCGCGGCUGCGAGAAUGAGAGGUUGAGCCAAAUACCACAGAAUAGAAUUAAUGUGUCUGCGUUAAGGAGUAAGUUAGCGUACCCGGUGCAGGAGGCUUUCGAGAAUAUUGGGAUUUUACGAAUUCUCAGUAUGGGUACACACUGGCUGUGUCUUGUCAUUUUGGCGGCUUUUGCGGCCAUGUUAGAUGCCACCGAGUUGACGUUUGAACUACCGGAUAAUGCGAAACAGUGUUUCUACGAGGAGGUGGAGAAAGGACAGAAAUGUACACUGGAAUACCAGGUUGUUACUGGCGGCAAAUACGAUGUAGAUGUCAUCCUCUCCGAUGUCAAUGAUAAGAACGUCCUGUACAAGGAGAGGAGAAAACAGUAUGACACCUUCACCUUCACGCCCAAGGAGAAGCAGGUCUACAAGUUCUGCUUCAGCAACGAGUUCUCCACGUUUGCCCACAAAGUGGUGUACUUUGACUUCAUGGUGGGAGAGGAGGACUUGCUGCGUGGGAUCGGGGCUCAUGCCACAGCACUUACACAGCUGGAAACGACCUGCGUCUCAAUCCACGAGAACCUGAAGGAGAUCAUCGACUACCAGACACACCACCGGUUACGAGAGUUCACCGGGAGGGUCCGAGCGGAGCACCUGAACCAACGGGUGCAGUGGUGGUCCGCAGGUGUAUUUAUUGUCAUUCUCAUUGUGGGCAUCGGCCAAGUAAUAGUCCUCAGAAGUUUCUUUACAGAAAGGAGGCCAACGACAGGAAAGAUAUGAAAUAAUUUUUUUUAAAACACGAGUGAUGUUCAUAAAUACCUUGGAUAGUCGGAUGGCAUUUCUGAUUGGUCAAGAAGCUGGUCGUGUGACCAGGAAAGAUGGUAAAAGGUUAGGGUUGCUUGAGCCUGUGGCAAGCUAUGAAACAUUCCAAGGGAGGCAAGGGACGGACAGUAUGAUCAAUCACAGGGCAGAAAUUAUACAGAGCUUGGCAAGCGUGGUGUACUUGAAAGGCCAUGGUACACUUCUGGUGAAUUGUGAUGAAAAGAUUCAAGCUCUGCAGGAGUUCUUGCAUCAUAACCACAUUUUGUGCAUGUGAAGUUAUUGAGCCAUCAGUGAAUAUUCCGUAUUUUCAUUUUUCAUUUAUUGGACCCUACUAAGCAGAAGUAUACUUGAAAGGUAUUUGGAUCUUUUUUGGGGGGGGGGUGUUUCUUGUAACUGUGAAAAUGUUUUGGAUGACUGCUGAAAUGGUGGAAUAAUCAGAAGUGUACCAUGGCAACGGAGUCAAAUGAUGGGGAAAAAAUUCUAUUGAAGACGUUUAAUGUGAAAAAGUGUAAUUGAGUUGGAAAGAAACUUCGAAUAAGGUAUUUAUGAAUUCAAUUAAAAAAGUGCCAAGUCAGUAUUAAAUCAUGACUUGAAGGCCAGCAAGACGGCGUUGCUGUAUGAGAGUGUUCCAAGCCAAACACCAUGUGGCACCGCCCUGUUGUUGGCCUCCAUUCUUCUAUUUAAGACAGACUUGUCGUCCAUCAGUUGUUGAGGCUAGUUCUUUCCUGGCACUAAUGGAAGCAGGAGCAAAAAUACGAAGGGAUCCUUUACACUUUGUCUCCUUUUUUGUAAGUUUCUUCACAAAUCUCCAAAAAGUCCUCUUGUCAUUUGGGUUAGGAAGGAACUAGGUUAAACCUCAAGUUUAUUUGUGUAUUUUUAAGUCACCUUCUUUCCUGUUUUAUUUGUAGGAAAAUGUAUUUCCAUUAUGUACUAAAACAGUUUGGUUGCAUGAGAGGGAUUUCGUUGUCGUUCUUAUACGUGCAAUUUUGAUCGCUCAUUUUGCUCCUGUGUUUAUGCUUUUUUCGUUGGCAGGAGAAAUCGAUUGAUAACAAUCUCUUUCAUGUGUACAAUAAUUCAUAUCUGCUGUUUGUGGCUGUCUCCUCUUUGUAGGCCUUGGUGUGCUGGGAAGGACUACAUUUGUAUCAAAUCUAUUUUUAAGAAUAUUUGAACUCAUUCAUAAACAUAAAAUAUGCAAGGUCAAUCUUUAAAAAUAAUUGUACAUGUGUGCUUAGGUAAACCUGCUAGCUAUUGCUAAAAGACACGGCACGCUUUUUUUGGAAACGAGGAAAUAGAUUGUGUCCGAUAAUGAUUUCACCUGGCGUAAGGACCAACUGGGGGGCACAGGCAGCAUUGUGGAAAUGCACAUGAUGUACAUAUUUUUUUAAUAAUACUUUUCCUGCAGGGAUUCAUUUUGCACAGUUGAGUAAAGAUCAGCCACGAUAUGA